AUGACGACGACGACGACGUCGUCCUCGUCUUCGUCUAGUCAACAGCAGCAGCAGCAGCAGCAGCAGCAAUCUUCUCUGAUGAUGAGAGAGUUGAUCAAGAAAUGCACCGGUCCCGAGUUGGAACGAGCGGAUGCGAUUGAGAAGAUGAUUCGUUUGAUUACGAAUACGAAUACGAAAGAAGGAAACAACAACAAAGAGAGUUCACCGUUGAGUCAAUUUUUCUUGCUGAAAGGGAUGCAGUCGAUAACGUUCGCGUUGAACGCGUCGUCGUUGGAAUCGAAGACGUGCGAGAAAGGGUGCGAGUUGAUUUGCGUGUUAUCGAAGAAGCAUAAAAACAGAGCGAAGAUGACGCAAUUCGGAGGGAGCGGGAACGUGGCGAAUUUGUUGCUAAGGAUUGCGCGGAAAUCGGAGAAUAUAGACGGGGAAACCUAUUAUCUCGCGAUUAAAAGUUUAGCGAAUUUCAGUCAAGAGUUGGAUUCGAAUCAUCAUCAUUCUUCUUUAUCUUCGUCUUCGAGUCAUCACCACGCGGGGUCUCUUCCGUCCUCGUCGUCUUCGUUUUCCGCCGGCGGAGGGAACGAGUAUUUCCCGGUGACCAAAGAGAGUUGCCUUUUACUGGUAAACUGCUUGAUGUCCAAACGGUUGGAGUGCGCGGAAGCCGCCGUGAUUGCUUUGAUUCAUAUUUGCAGGGCGAAAACAAACAAUAACAAUAGUAAUUUUGCAAACGCGGUUGGGGGUAGCGCGAGUAGUAGUAAUAACGAGAAGAACACGAAGCUGAUUUUGAAUCACGGCGUAUCGGAACCGCUGGUGACUUUACUCCAACGCGCGUUGGUACAGUCGCAACAAAAGACGACAAAAACGACGCACUUGUUGGAUUAUUGCGCGAAACUGAUCGUGUUGUUAUCCGGUCAAAGUUUAAAAGGUAGGCACAUGUUGAGGCAGGCGAGAGCGAUUGACGCUCUGACGAAAGCGUUGUUACAGUUCUCCCCGAGCGACGAGGCGACGGAGUCUUUAAUUUGGGCCAUAGCGUCGCUUUGUAACACGAGCGAUAAAUCUUCCACGUAUUCUUCUUCGAAUGAGGUGUCGGAAACGAUGGUGUUAGCGAUUGGCGAGGAGGCUAUUGAAAGCGUCGUUAAAAUAGCCGAGGCGCAUUCCGGAGCUUCAGCUAUAGCUCGACAUCGGGCAACUUUGACCAGUUAUCGAUUGUCUUCGCUUUUAGAAAACAAGAAAUAUUUACAGCGACACGCGAAAACAACCUUUGCGACGUUGUGCGAGACGUUUGCGAGAGAAAGUAGUAAUAUUAGUACUAGUUAUAACAACAACAACAACAACAACAACGACAACAACAGCGGAGCGGGAGGAGGUGAACACAGCGCGACGAACAAGGAAACGUCCGUGCUAGCGUUCGCGACGAUUGCUCGCAUAGUCGACGACAAAAAUUACGCGUGUGAACUGUUGAAAAACGACCGAUUGCCGAUUGGUGCGUACAUAGGCACGUCAGUCGCGAGAUGGCUCGGUUUACGAGUCGUCGAGAAGAACGAUCCGGCGAGGACUCUAGGGGUGUUGGAUUUACUCAAACUCGCUGCGAUUAUAGGAAGAACUGCGCAAACGACGAAGAAGACGAACCCUCCGAGUCAAGCAGCGAGCGCAUUUUGCGCUUCAGGAGGUGCGUACGUUUUAUGCGCGUCUUUAGAGCCACCCGAACACGAUUCCGACGGUGAGAACGACUCGGAGAAUGGUGACGGUGGUGAAGACGACGACGAUUUUUACGACGACGAUUUUUACGACGACGAUGGUUUCGGUACUCGAAGGAGUACCCACAAGAAGAAAAAUGCCAACAGCGACGACGACAACGAAACCGAGCAUCAGUCUUCAGCCGCACUUGUGGACGCGUGCCGCGCGUUAUCUGGUUUAUCGUCUCAUCCCGCGCACCAUUCGGCUUUGCGCGCGGCGAAUGUCGUGGAAGAGCUUCGCGCGAUGUUACAAACGGCAACGGGAAGGGCGGGCGAUCCGGUUCCUGCUCUCGCUCAAAUGUUUGCAAAGGAGUGUUUACAGAGAUUAGUCGGUCCAAAUGGUACGAUAAACACGGAGUCUGCGUCAUACGAUGUCGAUAGAUUCUUAACGCGAAGUUUGAGCAGGGAGGAGAAACCGGAGAAACCGCCGACGACAAAAAAACUCGCCACCGCUUCGUCUUUGAACGCGCACAAUAAUAAACUUUCGACAUCUUCGUCGACGAUGAUGUCAGAAAGCUUAUUAAAAACGGCAAAUUCCUCCAACAUCGACCGCAUGGAGCUGGGCGAGCACCGAAUAAACACGCAAACGAUGUCGUCACAACAUCAAAAGAAACGCAGACGAGGCGGUUCUCGUUUGUUCACUCGAAGACGGUGCAUCGUUUUGCUCUGCUUAUCGAGCGUCGUGCUCGUCACGUUCAGUUUAGCCGGGCGAUUGACCGAAGCUAUUUUGGCGUUAAAAAGCGUCUUAUCUGUCGGGAACUAUUAG